CCCUCUGCCAAUGAGAAUAUCCAGCGAAUAUUCAGGGAAUCCAUUUUAUUCACCAAUCUCUGCUCGCAACCUAUAUGUACAAUCAAGGACUAGUCCAUUUGGUAUAACACCAAGAAAACGUGUGAUGUAACUUUCAAAACCUUAAAAAAAAUAUUACAUAAUUUCAUGGCCGGCUGGACUCAGGUUGCCUCUCUCCCUAUAUAAACAUACCUUAAAAUCUUGCCCAGUUUCUCCAAUUCUGGGAACUCUCUAACUUAAAUUAUUUAAAAAAAAAAAAAAAAGCGCAUGAACUUUUGCAAGAUUCGAAAAAGCUACUGUGCCUUUUCUGUUGCAUGGUUUUGAGAUCAUGGUUCGAGAUACGGAGAUUCCGUUCGAGAAUAAUAAGGUUUAUGUGGCAGUUAGUGAAGAUGUUCAAGAUGGGUUUCUGACGUUAGACUGGGCACUGAGGAAAUGGGCCAAUCAAUCAAUCGUAGUAGUCAUUCUCUAUGCUGUCAAUAACAUAUGCAAAGAUUAUGUAUGCACCCCACUUGGAAAAUUUCCUGCGAGUUCUGUAAGUGAGGAGACACUGAAAGAUCUUGAGCAGAAUGAAGAAGCCAAAACACAGAGAAUUCUGUCAAAAUACAUGGCCUUUUGUGACAAGGUAAAAACUGAAAUUCUCAGGAUUGAGAAAUGCAAUGAGCCUGUUGAAAAGAUCAUGGUGGAUUUAAUCUCUGGGAUUCGGAUAACUAAGCUAGUCAUGUCCUUGAAAUUCAUGAGGCCUGUAUGUUGGAAAUCGAGGGGUACAAUAAGCGGAUCGUUUUAUGUGCAGAGGCAAAAACCAGGUUUCUGUGAAUUGUUCAUAAUAAGUGGAGGGAAACUGGUUUUCCUCAGAGAAGAGUGUCGGCAAAUGGAUUAAUUUGGCAGCAGCCACAAUGGUUAGGCAAGUUGCAAAGUUUGAUCAAGAAUGUUAGGCAAGUCCAAGAGUUAGGCACCUACAAAGUUUGAACAAAAAUAUUUAUUGUUUGGUCCCUACAUUUUAGGCUAACUACAAAAUGACCCCAAAUCUACAACUAUAAAUAGGGAGGUCAUUUUGCCAUUCUAGCCAUCCCAAA